GUUCCUGGAAAGAGAUAAUCUAAAGAGACAGAUGAUCAUUUGUAUUUAAGUUUCUGCUGCAUUUUUAGUCACUAUUUAAUUCAGAAACCCAACUAGUUUAAUUUUUCUCUACUUUGGUUUUACAGAAAGAGAUUAAAAUGUGCUCCUUCAUGUUUCUCAAAUUCAUGAUGGUGUUAUUCAACCUCUUUAUCUUUAUGGGUGGCCUCUCUCUGCUGGCCUUGGGGAGCUGGGUGAGCAGUGAUGGGGGUUCCUUGCUCCAGAUCUUGGGACCUUUCUCCAAACAAAGUACCCCGGUGGUCAAUGUUGGCUUCUUUUGCAUUGUCAUCGGGGCUGUGCUGGUGAUGCUGGGACUCUUGGGCUGUUAUGCAGCCCAUAAGAAGAGCAAGUGUCUACUCCUUACAUUCGCCUCCAUCAUGCUCAUCAUAUUCAUUUCUGAAGUGGCUGCUGGAGUCGUAGCUUUGACCUACACCUCGUUUGCUGAGGGGAUCUUGAGAGCGUGGGCGACUCCUGCUCUACAGAAGCAAUAUGGUCAUGAUCCUGCUGUCACUAAGCUCUGGAACAGCACCAUGACACAGCUACAUUGCUGUGGUUUCUCCAACUACACUGAUUUCAUGGGCUCCAACUUCGAAAAUGCAACUGGAGGCAGCCUGCCUUCCAUCUGCUGCAGGACCAACAACAACACUUGCACCCCAGCCCAGGCAGAGUACAGCAAUGUGCAGGGCUGUUUUCAGCAGAUCCUGAUGAUCAUCAAAGGGAACGCUAGCACCAUGGGAGGCACUGCUGCAGGAAUUGGAUUACUGGAGAUUGCUGCCAUAUUGGUGUCCAUUAACUUGUACCGCCACCUGGAUAACGAAGAUAGCUGAGAGCUCUUCACAGAGAACAAUAUGGGUGUGACAGAUAAUUUAAUUAAAACUAAACUAUAUUAACAUCAAUCUUAUUCUUUUUAUGCAAGAAUUGGCUAUAAAGUCAUAUUUAUUAUGUAAAAAAAAACAUCAUAUAUAAGUCUCUGUUAGAUGUAGUAAACUUUUACCAAUAUCAUCCUUGGUUGUCAAUGUUGCCUUUUC